AUGCAGGACACUACUCUACCAAGUAUUGGAUGGGGAAAACAAACAAGGGUUAUCCUAGACGUUGGUUGUGGUGUUGCUAGCUUUGGUGGCUACCUGUUGGAGAAAGAUGUUCUCACCAUGUCAUUUGCUCCAAAAGAUGAACAUGAGGCUCAGAUACAGUUUGCUUUGGAACGAGGUAUUCCUGCCAUUCUUUCUGUCAUUGGGACGCAGAAGUUGACCUUCCCGGAUAAUGUAUAUGAUUUGAUUCACUGUGCACGAUGCAGGAUCCGCUGGGACAGAGAUGGUGGGAAGCCACUAAUGGAGCUCAACAGAAUCCUUAGGCCUGGAGGAUUUUUUAUUUGGUCAGCGACACCUGUUUAUCGGGAUGACUCAACACACCUGAGUAUCUGGAAUUCUAUGGUAUCUUUUACAAAAUCCAUCUGCUGGAAGAUGGUAGCAAAGACUGUUAUGAGGAACUCAGGUGGAAUUGGGCUUGCCAUAUAUCAGAAGCCUAUCUCAAAUACUUGUUAUGAGGAACGCAAAGAAAAUAAUCCCCCAAUGUGUGAUUGGAAGGAUAUGAAAAACACUUCAUGGUAUGUACCCCUACUUACAUGCCUUCCAUCUCUUCCACAAGGGGACUCAGGUAAGUGGCCUACAACAUGGCCUGAAAGGCUUGGCAGUAAACCUCCAAGUCUAUCACAGGAACCAGGAGCUGAAGAAAUCUAUUUUGAGGACACGAAACAUUGGUCUGCACUUGUAUCAGAUGUUUAUUUGGAUGGCCUGGCAAUCAACUGGUCAAGCAUACGAAAUGUAAUGGAUAUGAAUGCUGGCUAUGGAGGAUUUGCUGCAGCACUUAUUGACCAACCUCUUUGGGUAAUGAAUGUAGUACCCAUCAAUGGGGCAGAUACUCUUGCUGUAAUUUUUGACAGAGGGUUGAUUGGAAUUUAUCAUGAUUGGUGUGAGGCUUUUAAUACAUAUCCUCGAACUUAUGAUCUCCUGCACUCCAGUUACUUAUUUGGAAACCUAACUCAGAGGUGUGACAUUGUAGUUGUAGUAGCAGAGAUGGAUCGGAUAAUGAGACCAGGUGGAUGGAUUUUGGUUCAAGAAAACAUGGAAAUGAUUAACAAGCUGAAUCCCAUUUUUCAGUCGCUGCACUGGGAGACUGCCAUGCAUGAGGAGCAAUUCCUUGUUGGUAAAAAAGGUUUUUGGCGUCCCACUGAUAGAGGAGCCAAAACAUGAGUGGAGAAGCAGGGGAUAUCUGUUCUUAAUAAUGCAACCAAGGCUUGCACUAAAGUGAGUCAAAAGGGAAAACUUACAGGGAAGGAGGCACCAAGAGUUGUGGGUGACAGACUUAUACUUUCCCAUUUAUUUAUUUUGCUUUCUCUACAACUCUGAAGACAUUGAUUUUGCUUCAUGGCUCUAUUGGAAGUGACAUAUUGUUUAAGAAAUUUCAGGGCCUCAAAUAACUAAAUUUUACUCUCUUGUUGGGGAACUGAUUUAUGCACUGGUUUAGGUUAGCGAAUGGAAAGAUAAACUACUUCUUGAAAGCAUGCCAAAUCCGAAUGAGGAGGUUAAUGGUGAUAAAAACAGUGAAGAAGAGGAAGAUACAGGAAUGAGAGAAAUUGAUCUGGAAAAUACGGCCACUGGAAUAACAGAGUAAAGGCAGAGCUAGUUGAUUGAUAUUGGAACUUGCUUUUUUUUUUUUUUCUGAUGGCCGUUGUUGAUAAUAGUUGUAUAGAGCUAGCAAUUUAUUCAACAUUUUUUUUCUAGUUGGGAUUGGCCAACUUCUCCUGAGUUCAUUUGGAGGAUACUUUAUUCCUUAGAUUUACAUUAUGAAGCAAUUAUUGCAUUUAUGCUAUUUGAUCGACAUUAGGAACUGAAA